AUGGAGAUCAGCCAGGCUAUGGCCCGGGAGAGGGACCAGCCACCUGCUCCACGGUCCCGGGCGCCUGCGGCUGCGGCCAAGGCAAAGCGGCGCGCCCACAGUCCUCUGCGGCUGCGGCCGGCCCUGGCAAAGCCGGCCCAGGUCCUGGCCCAGGCAGCCGUCAGCCUGCGCCACAGCAGGUUACAGCGCAGGUUUCACGAGCUGUCUGGAGAAGUGGGAGAUCCAGCCGUUAGGAAAAGCUCCCGCCGGCUGCAGACUAACAAGCACAAGCCCUGGCUCGAGCCCACCUAUCACGGCAUAGUGACCGAAAACGACAACGCGGUGCUCCUCGACCCCCCGCUGAUCGCCCUGGACAAGGACGCCCCUCUGCGCUUCGCAGAGAGUUUUGAGGUGACAGUCACCAAAGAAGGUGAGAUUUGUGGAUUUAAAAUUCACGGGCAGAACGUGCCCUUUGACGCAGUGGUGGUGGAUAAGUCCACGGGCGAGGGACUGAUUCGCUCAAAAGAGAAACUAGACUGUGAGCUGCAGAAAGACUACACGUUCACCAUCCAGGCCUACGACUGCGGGAGGGGGCCCGAUGGCAGCGCCAACGCCAAGAAGUCUCACAAAGCAACGGUCCACAUUCAGGUGAACGACGUGAACGAAUACGCACCUGUGUUCAAGGAGAAGUCCUACCAGGCGUCAGUCGUGGAGGGGAGGCGCUACGAGAGCAUCCUGAGGGUGGAGGCUGUGGAUGCAGACUGCUCCCCUCAGUUCAGCCAGAUUUGCAGCUAUGAAAUUGUCACUCCAGACGUGCCAUUCACGGUCGACAAAGAUGGUCACAUAAAGAACACAGAGAAGCUGAACUACGGGAAGGAGCACCAGUACAAGCUGACGGUCACAGCCUACGACUGCGGGAAGAAAAGGGCCACCGAGGACGUGUUGGUAAAGAUCAGCAUCAAGCCCUCCUGCACCCCCGGGUGGCAAGGAUGGGACAGCAGGGUCGAGUAUGAGCCUGGCACGGGCGCCCUGGCUCUCUUCCCAAAUGCCCACCUGGAGACGUGUGACGAAUCGGUGGCCUCGGUGCAGGUGACGGUGGAGCUGGAGACCAGCCACAUAGGGAAAGGCUGUGACCGCGACACCUACUCUGAGAAGUCCCUUCACCGGCUCUGUGGGGCUGCGUCCGGCACUGCCGAGCUGCUCCCUUCCCCGAGCGGCUCCCUGAACUGGACCGUGGGCCUCCCCACGGACAACGGCCACGACAGCGACCAGGUCUUCGAGUUCAACGGCACUCAGGCAGUCCGCAUCCCGGAUGGCGUCGUCUCCGUCAACCCCAAAGAGCCCUUCACGGUGUCCGUGUGGAUGAGGCACGGGCCUUUCGGCCGCAGGAAGGAGACGAUUCUCUGCAGCUCCGACAAAACAGAUAUGAACCGGCACCAUUAUUCCCUCUUUGUCCACGGCUGCCGGUUUAUUUUCCUCCUCCGUCAGGAUCCUUCAGGGGAGAAGAAGUACAAACCUGCAGAAUUCCACUGGAAGCUCACUCAGGUCUGUGACGAGGAGUGGCAUCACUACGUCCUCAACGUGGAAAUCCCGCGGGUCACGCUCUAUGUAGACGGAGUUUCUCACGAGCCCUUCUCGGUGACUGAGGAGUACCCGCUUCACCCAUCCAGGAUCGAGACCCAGCUCGUGGUUGGCGCUUGCUGGCAAGAGUACUCAGGAGUUGAAAGUGACAAUGAAACUGAGCCCGUGCCUGUGGCCCCGGCAGGUGGUGACCUACAUAUGACCCAGUUUUUCCGAGGUGACCUGGCGGGCCUGACCAUCCGGUCUGGGAAGCUCACAGACAAGAAGGUGAUUGACUGUCUGUACACCUGCAAAGAGGGGCUAGACCUGCAGGUCCCCGAAGACGGCGGCAGAGGCGUGAAGGUCCAAGCCAACCCCGGCCGGUCGGUGCUGACGGUGGAGGCGGAGGACGUGGGGGAGCUGGAGAAGGCCCUGCGGCACGUGGCCUACCUCAACUCGCGGCAGUUCCCCACCCCCGGCGUCCGGAGGCUCCGGCUCACCAGCACGGCCAGGUGUUUUAACGAGGCCGCCUGCGCCUUGAUCCCUCCGGUCGACGGCUCAGUGAUGGUUUUGCAGCCGGAGGAGCCCAAGAUCAGCCUGAGCGGCGUCCACCAUUUCGCUCGAGCAGCUUCUGAAUUUGAAAGCUCAGAGGGGGUUUUCCUUUUCCCUGAGCUUCGGAUCAUCAGCACCGUCACCAGAGAAGUGGAGCCCGACGGGGAAGGGGACGAGGACCCCACAGUCCAAGAGUCCCUGGUGUCCGAGGAGAUCGUGCACGACCUGGACACGUGUGAGGUGACAGUGGAGGGCGAGGAGCUGAACCCCGAGCAGGAGAGCCUGGAGGUGGACAUGGCCCGCCUGCAGCACAAGGGCAUAGAAGUGAGCCGCUCCGACCUGGGCGUGGUCUUCACAGGCGUGGACACCAUGGCCAGCUACGAGGAGGCGCUGCACCUCCUGCGCUAUCGGAACUGGAACGCCAGGUCCUUGCUCGACCGGAAGUUCAAGCUCGUCUGCUCCGAGCUCAAUGGCCGCUACAUUAGCAAUGAGUUUCAGGUGGAGGUGAACGUGAUCCACACGGCCAACCCCAUGGAGCACGCCAGCCACAUGGCCGCCCAGCCGCAGUUCGUCCACCCUGAGCAUCGCUCCUUCGUCGAUCUCUCGGGUCACAACCUGGCCAACCCCCAUCCGUUCGCAGUGGUCCCCAGCACGGCCACCGUGGUGAUCGUGGUGUGCGUCAGCUUCCUCGUGUUCAUGAUCAUCCUGGGCGUGUUCCGGAUCCGGGCUGCACACCAGCGCACCAUGCGGGACCAGGACACCGGCAAGGAGAGCGAGAUGGACUGGGACGACUCCGCCCUGACCAUCACCGUGAACCCCAUGGAGACGUACGAGGACCAGCACAGUGAGGAGGAGGAGGAGGAAGAGGAAGAGGAGAGUGAGGAUGGCGAGGAGGAGGACGACGUCACCAGCGCCGAGUCGGAGAGCAGCGAGGAGGAGGAGGAAGGCGGGGAGCACGGGGACCAGAAGCCAGCCAACAGGCAGCAGCAGCUGGAGUGGGACGACUCCACCCUCAGCUACUGAGCGCACCCUCCUCCCGCCUCCCCGAAGUCUGCUGUUGGCUGCGCCCUGCCCAGGCCCACCGUGUACAGUCGUCUGGCCAGUAGGUCUGCAGACCCUCCCCUCGCGACCAUCACCCCUGCUUGGUGUGCGGGACCCCAGGCUCCCUCCCUGCCCUCUGCCUGGACCUCUGUGUGUGAGGAGCUGACACCCACUCCCUCCUGUCAUCUCGCUCCGCGUGGCCCCUCGCACCUCCAGAAACGCUAAACCUGGACUCGGUGACAAAGGGUUAAAACUGCUCACUCCCACUGGGUAAUCCUUUUGUUCUUUUUUUUUUUUUUAAUUUUUUUCCAAACUAGUGCAUGUACAAAAUGGCCGAAUGGGGGUUCAUAUGUAGAUGAACUUUUUAAUAUUUUGUAAAUAAAUUGGGAUUCCUUGUGUCCUUCGUGCUAGUAUAACCCAGGGUUGGAACGCAAGGUGAGGUGUGAAACCCUGAGCGCAGGAGACCCUCGGGACCCUGCUCCCCAGACAAGAGCGGGUCUGCCCCCUCGGGCACUGGGCACCGGAUUGUCCUGCCGCAGGUCUCGCUCCUGUGUGGGCCAGGGUGGAGGGGGCCCUCUUUGGGGGCUGGAAAGGCCAGUUCCUAUCUUUAGGGCCCCACCCGUUUCCCAUGCAGCAGCGGGUGGGCGCUGGGUCCCGGUUUGUUUGCACACAGCUCCUUGUGCAGGAACCCGGACUCCUGUGUGCAAACUGGGGCUCAUGCUUAGCUGUUGGUUGCGUACAUGAGGCGUGUGGGUAAUGGGAGGGGCACACCGUCUGCUCUUGGUCUGGAGACGGCAGCAGGCCCGAGUGACCCACACUCAGAGUCUGGGGACACACUCACUGACAGGCGCCCAGUGGCCCAGAGAGUGACUCCCCCCCCCCGCCCCCUCCGCCGCGGCCUGAGCUCUGCUCCCUCCCAGAGCCCACCCGCUCCCAGGAGUGCGGGCGCUGCUGUGCUUGGCGGCGAAAGGAAAGGGGGCGAAAGGCAUGAGCACACCCCAGCACUUUGUUCUUAAUUUACGUGUAACACUUCAGAUUUCUAAAACGGGGUGGGGUGGGGGGUGUAAUUUUGAAUACUGUUCUGUGACCCUAACUGCUAGUUUUGAGGACACUGUGUGUCGUGUGUCUGUGGCCAUCCCUCCAUGUGCUGUCACUGUAGCUGCUGUUUAGGCCGUGGACAGACACCAGCGGAGAUGAGCCGUCCUGGCUGUCUUGGCCACGUGUACGUUGAAAAGAGGUCGGAAGUGUCUGCACUACAAUAAAGAUCUGGUUCUAACUCCA